AGUCAUCGUUAUAAGGCAUCGCCCUCUUUUGCCCACCCCCCCAGCACCAGGUGUGGCCACUAGCCUAUAUGAAGGCCCAAAAUUGUGUGUUCCUUUCUGCUCUGACAAUGGCAUGCCCAUUCGUGCGAGAUGUGGUGGAUGAAGAAGCACUUGUGCUGAGGAGAGCCUUCAGGCGAGAAAGGGUCUUCAGGGACCGGUUGGACCCACUGGCCUUCCCUGAUAACCUGUAUCUUUCAUAUAGAUGGUCUUCUGCAGAUGGCAUCAGGUAUCUAUGCAGACUACUGGGUCCCAGGAUUAAGCACCGCACUGCACGGAGCCAUGCACUGAGUGUGGAGCAAAUGGUUUGUGUGGCCUUGCGCUUUUUUGCUAGUGGAGCCUUCCUGUACUCAGUGGGGGAUGCUGAACAAGGCCACAAUUUGCCGCACAAUAAGGAGUGUGUGUCUGGCUAUCAAAGCAUUAGCAGAUGUCUUCAUCUCCUUCCCUGGCCACAGAAGACUCUGUGACAUCAAAGAGGAGUUCUAUAGGAUUGCAGAUGGUCUGCAAUGCUGACUGUGUGAUCAGCAAUGUUGUGGCAAAAUGGCCUGGCUCAGUCCAUGACUCCAGAAUCUUUCGGGCCUCUGAAAUCUAUCAGUGCCUAUCACAAGGUGAAUUCUCUGGUGUGUUGCUGGGAGACAGGGGGUAUGGCUGCCAGCCUUUUCUCCUGACACCUUUCACAGACCCCCAGGAAGCACAGCAGGCCUACAACCAUGCCCAUGCCAGGACCAGGGCCAGAGUUGAAAUGACCUUUGGCCUCCUGAAGGCACGCUUUCACUGCCUUCACAAAUUAAGGGUCAGCCCUGUUAGGGCAUGUGAUAUUACUGUGGCUUGUGCUGUCCUCCACAAUGUGGCCUGCCUGAGGAAGGAGAGGGCCCCCAGAGUGCCACCAGCCAUGGACUGGGACAAUCCGGCAAUCUUCCCUGAUGACGACAGUGGUCAGCUGCUGAGGGACCAAUAUGUGUUGAAUUAUUUUAGUUAGUAUGUGUGCUUUAAAUUUUGGUUAAAUAUGUCCUGCGGUGGCAGAGGAAUUUGGUUUUUUUUGGGUUCGUUUUUUGACGAAUUUGGCCUCUUAUGAUGUUUGUGCGGUAUACUGUGUGUAAUACAAGGCUGCAGGGAGGCUACUGCAUCCAUUCAUUUGUCUGUUCAGUUGAUGUGUAUGGAUUUGUCCUGCAUUUAUUUUAGUGUGCAGAC